CCAGAUAGAACGCUUGACCACGCCAAGAGUAUAAGAGGUUCGAUUUCCGAGACUACAGGCAUCAGUUCACAGCCCCCUUUCGGAGCAAGGACUACAUCACUCUUAAAUUUCUCAUACGACAUACGAAAUAAAUUCCGGAAUAAAAAAUCGUGACCAGGAGAGCCAUCGCGAUGAAAUUCUUCCUGAUACUGUUGCUGAUAAACGUCGCGUUUUCCGCGCCGAGUAUCAAGUCGCACAACCAACAACUUCUCCGCGAUCAAUUGGAGGCCGAGGGUUACGAAUACGAUUACGGAAGCGAGCCGUCGCCCUCGUCGCCCUCUCACAGCUACAUUCCGGAUUCAACGGUGGCCGCUAGUCACGGUCACGGGGGUCACGGGGGUCACGGGGGUCACGGUCACGUCGGUUUCAGCGUCGGCGGAGGAUUGGUCAGCAUCGCACAGGGCGCCGCCGAUCAGGCCCACCAAUCCAUCGCGAAUCAGCACAGCGCGGCGGGUCAGGCGGCGUACGUCGCUAAAAAUCAGCUAGCACAAGCAGCCGCGCAAUCCGCGGCGACCGCGGCGGCGGCGCUCGCCGGCAAGCAGAUAAUCCUGCUCGGUCUGGAGCAGCAAUCGAGGGACGCUCACGUUGCCGUGGACGGCGAAAAAAUGCAGCUUCAGCAGGCGCAGCGCGCUGCAACGGCUACGCAAAACGCCGCCCAGCAGGCGAUGCAUCAGGUGCAGGUGAUGACCGCGGCGCUGAACGCCGCACAAGCAACCGCUGAUCACGCGGCACAAGCCGCUGCGGAAGCCGCCGCGGAACUCGCGUCGCAGACGGCGAUGGUGGGGCAGGCGAAGGCUCGCGCCGAAACUAUCGACGAACAAUUGAGCGCCUCGAGGACGGAUUUCGAAGCCACACAAGCUGCGGCUAACAAGGCCGCUGCCGCUGCACAAUCGGCGCAAAAUAACGCCGCGGCUGCCGCCGCCCAUGCCGCGAGUGCCGCGAGUGCCGCCGCCGCGGGUCACCACACCUCCAGUCUUCACCAGUCUUCGGUUUUGCCCGAUAAUUUUGAAUACAAGGGAUACCAUUACUGAAUAAAAUGAAAAGCCACGAUGUUCGCACAAUUUUUACGUUUAUCUUAUAAACCGUAAUAAAUUGUUCAACGCUGCAUUUUUAUACCACUAACAGAAAUCAUGAAAUUUUGAGAACGUAUAAUAAACUAGACAAGGCAUACAUUGUACGUAUAUAAACUCUGUAUGCUCUGUAAAUCGAUGUCAUUGAUUAAUCACUCAUAAUUAUUGUUAUAUCAUUGUACGACGAGUGCGUAAUAAACAUUAAAAAUCGUUGCCAUGUGAAAA